CCGCACACAUGCUCUCACACUGACACACACACUCAUAUACACACUCUGGCAGGAGUCAAUCUGUCAGUCAAUACCUCAGGAUGUGUCCACAUGAACACACGUUUCAGAUGAUAAAACUGGAAGCCUUCAGUUCAAAGGAACAGUUAUUUUAACAACCGAGUCUAAUUUGCCACAUUACUGUUUCCAUCUCUGUGUAAAAACCCGAAGUCUGUUGUUGUUCGCCUUGAAAACUCAAAGACAACAACUUCCAUACUUCCUGUCAACACAGCAAUGUCUUCGUCUCUGCCGCUGCCCUCUUUGCCUCCAAGCCCCCUGGCCAUGGAGUAUCUCAAUGACUUCGACCUGCUAAAGUUUGAAGUGAAGCCUGACACCCCUCCACCUCCUCCGACCUGCCUAUACCCCAAACCAGGUGUCCACCAGGAGACGGCUGGUUCCCCGUAUGCUCCUCACCCUCCUCCUGACUCCAGCCUCAGCUCCAGUCCCUACACCUCCCUUCCUCCGUCACCCACUCUCAGUGACGGACACCCGCCACCAUCUGCAUCCUCCUCGUCCUCCUCUCUCUCGUUCCCACUGUCCAUCUCCACUGGGUACAUGUCAGGCCAGAGCUCCGGAUCUCAAGGAAACCUGGACGGGAGCCCAGCGGCUGGAGGCCCCACGCCGUGUUCAAACCCCACCUCCCUGGAGGACCUGCUCUGGUUGGCUGCACUGCAGCAGCAGUUCGGUGGGGAGCCCGGAGGUGCCGCGUCUCUGCUGGGAGCACUUGGAGGAGUGCCGGACCGAGCAGAUCGGGAUCGAGGAGGAUUUCUGGGAUGUGAAGAUGCGGUGGAGGCCCUGCUGAACUCUGCUGCAGCUGCUGUAACUUCACAGUUCCCAGUUUUGUCCCAGAGUUCGAGCAGCAGUCACAUGGGGGACUCCAGCAGUGACAGCGGUGUUGAUGUUGCUCUUAACAAACCGUCAGACAUGUGUCACCGGCCUAUACUGGUCGUUUCUUCCAACCCUCCAUCUCUCUCCAAUGUCAACACAUCCACCAGUCCCUUCUCACAACCCCUCAGUCCACAGAGCCGCCUCCAUCACCCACACCAUCCAAUGCAAGGCUAUUAUCAUCAUCAUCAUCAUCAUCAUCAUCUGCAAGUCACUCAGUGUGGGGUGGAUGAGCGUUUUUCCGACGAGCAGUUGGUAAAUCUGUCAGUGCGAGAGCUGAACAGACAUUUGCGUGGGGUAAGCAAAGAUGAGGUGGUCCGUUUGAAACAGAAGAGACGGACGCUGAAGAACCGCGGUUAUGCCCAGUCCUGCCGUUACAAACGACUCCAGCACCGGCACGCGCUUGAGUCCGAGAAGCACAUUCUCUCACAGCAGCUGGAGCAGCUGCAGUGUGAGCUGUCUCGCGUGUUGAGAGAGCGAGACACAUACAAAGCUCGUUACGAGAAGCUCAUCAGUUCCAAAGAGACUCAGCCUUCCCAUCCCAACACCUCGCCUUCUCCUACUCCUCCGGACUACUUUUUGUGACAACAUUAGCAUUGUACAGAAGAGAGCUGAAGGAGAGCUGAUUAUUGUGAUGGGUGAAAGUAAUUCCAAAGAGCUGUGAAUACAACUCAACUUAAAAUAAGCUAUUAAACCAAAGCAGGUUGAUUGUGAGGUGGACCUGGAUUGUGACGUAAUGGCGCUUGUGUCGUGCUACUGCUGAUGGGAUUGCGUUUUUGCCCAUCGUUAGCUUGUGUAGCAGCAACAUGAUUUCAUUAGCAUUCAUAGCUAAUCAGAAACAGAAGGGUUCUAGCAUAUUUUGAGUUUUGGAUAGACACUGAAAUGUACAGAAUAAAGGUAAUAACAGCAUUUAAAACUUUUAAGUAUUUUACGUAUUUAUAAUGAACACUCAGAGGAUCAUAAACUUUUGAAUUAAAGGUGUGGAUAGGUAGCUUUAUAAUACAUAAGAUUUAUUAAAUAUGUUGCCUAUUUCUUAUUUUUUUUUAUUUAAUACAUUAACCAUUUUUGAUAUUAUAUUGGUUUCAUUCUAUGAAUCAAUACAUAAGUAAUAUUUUAUAUCUUUGAUGAUUUAGCCAUAAACUUAAAGGGUCAGCAUUUACUCGCCCUGAUGUUUUUCUAAAUCUUCAUGAAUUUUUCUCUUUGUCAGUAUGGAAAACAAUACUACAGAAGUGAAUCAUCAAUCAUCAAAUGUUUGGUUACCCACAUUCUUCAAAAUAUCUUAUUUUGUGUGUUCAGCAGAAGAAAGAAAUUCACACAGGUUUAAAACAAUGUCGGGGUGAGUAAAUAAUGGCAGAAUUUCCAUCCACAACUGUCCCUUUAAGGCUUUGAGUUACUUUUAUUAGGGCUAAUGCAGUGCUCAUUUAUGAAUACAUUUGACUUGAAAAAAGGAUUUCCUCAUUUACCAGUAUGUAAAAAAUAAAACAGGUAUACUAAUUUGUUAGAGGAUAAAUCUGGUUUACUUGUGUAAAAUCAUUUACAGUUUAACUGCUGUUAAUAUUGAUAUUGUACAGUUUAAGUGUCUAAACGUACAAAAAAAGAAAAUGUGUGCACAUUUUCUGCUAAUACCUAUGAAUACAAAUGAGAUCACCCAUGGUAGCACAAAAGGCUUGCUAUCUCAUUGUGUUGAGCUAUUUGUCAUGAUGAGUUUAGUUCUUACGAGAGUUUCAUUAGCACAUUUAUUUGGCAUUCACCAAAAUGACUGUUAGAGAUAUAAAUCUAUGAAGAACUACUGACUUUUUGAGCAAGAAUGCAACACAUGUAGAAUCUAUGUGUAUAAGCCAUCUGUGUGAUAUUUUCAUAGUAGCUACUGCAACUCACUGAAAAGUAAUGCAAUCAACAAACAAACACAAACCAAACGAAAAUCAUUACAUAACUAUGAGUGACUGUGUCUUUGGAAGUUACAUUUUAUGAUUAAGUUAAGGGUGUAAUUUAACUGUGACAUCACAUUCAUUUAGCAAUUCACAGAGCUGGUCACUGUGGGUGUUAGUAGAUGACUAUUUAGACACAGACCUUUCUAGGAGGUUUACUUGGCUCGCCAUAGGUUUAUAAAUUAAAAUGUAUCAGGCUAUUUUCAUUAUUUAUUCACAGUAUUUAUUCAUUGUUUGUAAUGUGAUAAUUUUGUUCAUUUGAUAGUGUGUAUUAAUUUCAUUAAUAUUUUGUAGCAGGGUAAAACAUAUUAUAAGAAAUAUUAUAUUCAUUAUGCUCUGUUUGUAGUGGUUUCUUAUGAA